AUGGAUGAUACCCACAAAUUGGGUUUCCUAGGAGCGACAUCCUAUGUGAUCGGUAAUAUCAUUGGAUCGGGCAUAUUCAUCACUCCAGCCUCUAUACUCAGAUGCACCGACAGUGUUGGCCUAUCGUUGAUCGUAUGGGUUGCAUGUGCGGUGAUAGCUAUUUUAGGUGCGCUGGUAUAUAUCGAGCUGGGCACAUCCAUACGCGAAGCGGGUUGUGACUUCGCUUACAUCUGCUAUGUGAAAUGGUACUCGAUUGCAUUCGCGUUCAUGUUCGUUUCUGUGCUGAUGACAUAUCCGGCUACAAUAGCGAUUAUUGCUGAAACUUUUGGUCAGUAUCUAAUUGAAGGCUUAAAACAGGUGUACGAGAUCGACGACGAAUGGGUUCCUAUGACGCAAAAGCUCUUCGGAUUCAGUUUACUGCUGCUCGUCACAUGGAUGAACUUCUUCAGUCUGAGUAAAUUUGCCUCCAGGUUCCAAAUAGUUGCCACUACUGCAAAACUGUUGUCCUGCUUUCUUAUCAUUGCCACCGGAUUCUAUUACUACUAUGUAAAAGGAUGGAAGUACAACUUACGCGACCCAAUGAAAGGCUCCAACUACAAAGCCGGUGAUAUGAUACUGGGAUUCUACGGAGGUUUAUGGGCAUAUUCCGGCUGGGAUGUACUUAACUACAGUACUGGUGAAAUAAGAAAUCCAAGGAGAAAUGUUCCGCUGGCCCUACUCUCCGGAAUCGCUACAGUAACAGCCGUCUACGUUUGCAUCAACGUUGCUUAUUUUGUGGUGCUCGAUGUGGAGACCGUAAAGUCCUCCAAUGCUGUGGCAGCACUAUUCAGUCAAGCAGCACUGGGAUCAUUCGCUAAUUUGAUUCCAUUCCUUAUCGGUGUGCUCCUUGUCGGCUCGCUAAACAGCAAUCUAUUCUCAGGGAGCAGGUAUAUGUACGCAGCAGCUCGCCAAGGACAUCUUCCGACGUGCUUCAGUUGCGUGAACGCUGAAACUGAAUCACCUCGAGUGGCCAUCCUAGCACAGUCGAUGCUGGCCAUUGCCAUCUCAUUCGUCGGUGAUCUGGAUGCUCUCAUCGGCUAUGUUAUGUUCGGAUUCUGGGCUCAACGUAUAUUUACCCUGGUGGCACUUCUGAUAAUUCGACACAAUCGGAUUCCCGUUCAUAAGGAAGCAGUCCGAGUGCCGCUGUGGUGUAUCUACGCCUUCCUGGCGCUCACCAUCGCCCUUGUGGUCAUUCCGAUCUUCCAAGAAUUCUCCGUCACUGCCUUGGCAAUAGCAAUCAUUGCCGUUGGUUUUGUGAUGUACUUUAUCUUUGUACAUCCAAAUACACUGCCCAAAUGGAUGUACCAAGUCAAUGAGAGCACUACAUUUGCGUGCAGUGUGAUUUUCGAUUGUCUACCGGAUCUGAAACCAGGAGUUGGGGUGCCGUUCUUACCGAGUUCAGACUCAUCGCAGGCAUUGUUACCGAAGAAAUUAUCCAUUCCUCGACUAUGUGACGAAUCUGUGCUAGAUCUUCACUCGGAUGAGAAGAAUGUGCUACAUCGCAAUGUUAGCUCCGCAGCAUUCAAACUUUUUGUACCCUCGUCUCUCGUUGAUCUGAUCACGGACGUGCAAUGA